CCUUCCAUUUUCAUACGAAAGAGGAAAAUUCAAAGUUGUUUUUUUCUUUCCUAACAUUCACAACAAAUUCUAUCCAAAAUCCAGAAGAUAUCUGGAAAUUUCGAGAUCUUGACACCAAAGCAUUUUGUUAUCCAAAUUUUGGUGCUAACCCUUUAUCUGAAUCUAUUAGGGUGUCUUGCAGCUCUUAUCUAAUAGGGGGUUUAAGAACUGUAAUUGGGAGACCACUUCAAGAUGACUAAGGUGGUACUGAUUACUGAAUAAUAUUUCAAAGCAGUCAUGAGAAUUGAUGCUGCUGCUAUUCCUCAAAUUCUUUGUUCUCCAGAGCAUCACAAGGAUGUAUAAUUUUGUUUGCCCGCACAUUCUUAUGACCUUCUCUUCGUAUUCUUCUUUACUUUUUAAUGUGCUCAGGACAUGGAAGAAGUGGCGGGAAAAGGGCACUGUACCAUCGCAAUUAUUGCGAGAAAGAUGUAACAGGGAAGGUCCGUAUCAAAUGUGCUGAGUGCCUUGAUUUUGGCCUGGGUGCAGAGUGCUUCUCUGUAGGAGCUGAGGUUGGACCUCAUAAAAGCAAUCACCCUUACAGGGUUAUGAUGCAGCAAAUGACGGGGACAGAGAUGGAAGGACAUCAAAUAUGUGUUAGCUACCUGACCAGAGUGGACCUCAUUGGAAGACAUUACCAGAAACAAAUUUCACUUUUAUGGGAAAUGAUUCAUACAGUGGCCCAGCCAAACUUUCCAUUACAGCUUCAGAACUUUUUUAAGUUUAAGCUGUCAACUUUCAAGUGCAAUGACAUUUAAAGUGAAGAUGAACUUUGAAUCUGACUUACUCGGGUCUACCGAUAUAGCUGAUAUUAGAGGACCAUAAAUUCCUCUAAGUGGUAUGCCUGUUGUCCCUCUUCCAGCCCAAUACAAGCGGAUCUUUAAUGUAUGAUGUGUUACUGCUGCAAUGAAUGUCUUUACAAGGGGUAUGGCAACACCUCCAGCCUCAUCUUCAAUAUUAAAAUCUUUCAGAACCAACUUUCCCUAUAUUUA